AUGCGUCUGCUACUGGACUAGCUACAUGUAAAAAGAAAACUACUGAAUUCGGAAUAUUUUUUUUGUAUUGGAUUACUCAAUUCAUUCUUCGCCUUCGGAUGAAGAUGUAUUUCAAAAGGAAAACAAUAGGACGGAUUAUUUAAAGAGUAAAGACAUUCAGCGGGAUAUUCAACAGGAAUGAUUGGUGUUUGGUGAUCUAACUGUCUCGUUUUCCCCAAAAAAGUUAUCGUAUCAUAGCCUACUUCUUAAACAUCCGCUCAUCGACAGUUUAAUAAUCAUGGCCCAUUUAAUACGGCACAAGAUUUCAAGUAAAAUCAUCAGUAUAGUGAACAGCGCGUCACAUAAAUCCGAGAGGAAGGUGAGCGGUGUGUUUGCGCGGCUCGGCUUCCAGGCGGCCACGGAUGAGGAAGCGAUAGCGUUCGCCGAGCGUGAUGGUCUGGAUUACGAGUACAGACAUGGGAUGAGAAUGGAAGAAGUAAGGACGAGCGGGGAAAGAGAGGGAAUGGUGGCAGGAGACAGUCAUUACCAAAGACACGGUACGGCCCCCCCAGGAUCCAGAAAAACCAGCGAAUCCAGCGAUGCGCAAGGAGCGCAAGACAAAAUCACAGCAUGGGAUGCGGGCUGGAACGUCACCAAUGCAAUUCAGGGCAUGUUUGUUUUGGGCCUCCCUUAUGCCAUCCUGCACGGUGGCUACCUGGGCCUCUUCCUCAUCAUCUUCGCCGCUGUGGUGUGCUGCUACACAGGCAAGAUCCUCAUUGUGUGCCUCUAUGAGGAGAACGAGGACGGAGAGCUUGUACGUGUGCGAGACACAUAUGUGGACAUCGCGAACGCUUGCUGCGCGCCACGCUUCCCUGUGCUCGGUGGCCAUGUUGUGAAUGCGGCACAAAUCAUUGAGCUGGUGAUGACAUGCAUCCUUUAUGUGGUCAUUAGUGGCAACCUGAUGUAUAACAGCUUUCCAGGCUUACCCGUGUCACAGAAUGCAUGGUCAGUGUUUGCUGCAGCGGUGCUCAUGCCGUGCGCUUUCCUGAGCAACCUGAAAUCUGUCUCAAAGCUAAGCUUGCUGUGUACAAUUGUGCACUUCAUCAUUAAUGUGAUGGUGAUUGCAUUCUGCCUGUCACAUGCGCAGGACUGGGCAUGGGACAAGGUCAAGUUCUACAUUGAUGUCAAGAAGUUCCCCAUCUCUAUUGGCAUUGUUGUUUUUAGCUACACAUCACAGAUUUUUCUUCCCUCACUUGAGGGCAACAUGCAGAAGCCUGCUGAGUUCCACUGCAUGUUGGAGUGGACACACAUCGCUGCAUGCAUCCUCAAGGGCCUGUUUGCCCUUGUAGCCUACCUCACAUGGGCUGACGACACAAAAGAGGUGAUCACAGAUAACCUCCCGCCUGGCAUACGGAUGUGGGUGAAUAUCUUUCUGGUGGCCAAGGCAUUGUUCUCCUAUCCCUUGCCCUUCUUUGCUGCUGUAGACAUCUUAGAGAAAUCCUUCUUUCAAGGUGGAGAUGGAACCCCAUUCCCAAACUGCUAUGGCACAGAUGGGAGGCUUAAGUCCUGGGGUUUUGCCAUGAGAAUUGGGCUUGUUGUUUUCACCCUUCUCAUGGCUAUCUUUGUCCCGCACUUUGCUCUUCUCAUGGGCCUUACUGGGAGUCUAACUGGUGCUGGACUGUGCUUCCUGUUGCCCUGCUUAUUCCACCUGAAGCUUCUUUGGCGCAAACUUCUAUGGCACGAGGUUUUUUUUGACAUCUCUAUUUGUAUAAUAGGAAGCAUAUGUAGCAUCUCAGGGUUUAUUUACUCCAUUGAAGGGCUCAUUGAGGCCUUUAAGUACAACAUCCCAGAUUAAGAUACUAUAGCUUUCCUGAAAUACUAAUGCAAUUAUCCUUGAUUGCAAAUAUGACCAUGUUAGAGAUGUGUUUCAGUUAAAAUCUGUCUAUGUACAAAGCAAUUAAACUAAAAAUGUAAAAAUGUUAAA